AUGUUGAAAUUAUCGAGAUGCGCACAGGGUUUUUCAAAGCAGGCUAUUCCACGCAGCGGCAGAUCUUACUUUCCAGCCAUACGCUAUCGAUCCCCGCAAAAGUCUAAUUUCUUUACAACCGCCGGUGCAAUCGGCCUGACAGGCAGCGCAGUGGCUUUAGAUAUGCACAGGAAUAGACUAAACUGUGAAUCGAACCCGGAAUCUUCUCAGGUCGCUCCAUCGCCUGCGAAUACGUCAGACGAAGGCGUCGAAGAUGUACCGGAUAGUAUCGUCAACUACAAGCAUCUUGGAUUCGGAUCAGUCUGUGGUAUCUGUUGCGGUAUUUUCUUAAAGAAGGGCGCUAAGAUUCUCGCCUUCUUUGUCGGUGGUGCUUUUGUUUUUCUGCAGUAUAUGCGCUCUCAAGGACUGAUUGUCGUCAAGUGGGACAAAAUGAGCAAGCGAUACAACGCGUCUCUUCGGCGCAAGUUGAGCGACAGCAGCUCUCAGCGUGGUGUGACAGUUGCCACUGUCUGGAAUAAGCUCGUUGACUUCCUUACCGCAGACUUUCAGAGUCGCGCUACAUUCGUCGCUGGCCUUGGUUUGGGUUUGAGAUUGGGUUGA